GCUUGACGAGGGAGAACCGAUGGCGACGCGUGCCUGACGCGUGGGUAAAGCCCAUGGCUCAAUGGCCUGCUGCCCUUGCGUACCGAGCAAGACUCCAAGCAAUCGGGUGCACCUGGAUGUGGGUGGCCAGCGCUUCACCACGGCCCGCGUCACGCUGACGGCGGGGCGAGCUGCUGGGUCCAAGCUGGCGGAGCUUGUGGCGGGAACACCGGAGGCGGAUGGGGUGUAUUUCCUGGACCGCGACGGCGAAAUGUUCCUUCACGUGCUCAACUAUUUGCGCCACGGGCCGGAGCUGUUUGUCCCGCCUGAGAGCAAUAGCAGUCGAUUGAGCUUGCGGAAUGAGGCGAAGAUGCUGCAGCUGCCGGAGCUCGCCAGGAUGAUGGAGGAGGAGUAUGCGCCACACCAGUACGCCGUCUUCGAGUCUGACGUGUACCAGGGCGCCCCGAUCCCGCGGAACGAGAAGGAGCGCAUAGCCAAGUUGAGGUCCUUGGAGGUGGUGGACACUGAGAAUGUGAACACGGAUUUCGACAACAUCACGCGGUGUGUCGCUGCGAUCCUGCAAGUGCCCAUUUGUCUGGUGUCGCUGGUGGCAGAGGAUAAGCAGUGGUUCAAGUCCAAGACGGGGCUCGAAGCGGACGAGACUUCGCGGGCCAGCAGCUUCUGCGCCUAUACGCUGCUCCCGGAGGCCCUCGAGGACAGCGCGGUUUUGGUGGUCACCGACGCCCGCCGGGAUGUGCGCUUUAUGCGGAACCCUUUGGUGCUGGGCGAGCCGUACAUCCAGUUCUAUGCGGGCUGCCCCUUGGUCACCUCCGAGGGCCUCCGUAUUGGUAGCCUAUGCGCCAUCGACCGGGUGCCCAGGCACCCAGCGCCCUCUGAGCUGGGGCUGCUGAUCAACUUCGGGUACCUCACCGUGCAGCUGCUUGAAGAGAGGCACCUGAAGCUCGACGAGGAGAGCGAGGGCGAGGGCGAGCUGCAGUGGCGCGGCGGGCGCCAGCGCGCGGAGGCCAUGGUGGACGGGCGGAAGAUGGCCGUGGCGCUGGUCUGGGCGCGGCCAGACUCCAUGGACUGGCCGCUGAUCUACGCCAACAAGGUCUGGACGCAGCUCACGGGGGUGACGGUGGUGAGCCCCUGCAAGUUCCCCGACAGAGCGGAGAUCUCCGCGCCUGGAGCCGCCGGUAGCGUUGAGUCCUUCUGGGACCACGUGAGGAUGGCCUCCGCGGAUCCGGGGCAGGUGCUGGAGCUUUGGAAGAUGGUCUCGGCGGCCAUGGCGCCGCCGCCGGGCGGCCGGGACCUGCGGCAGGUGGGCUUCGGCACCUCGCUGCAGGCGAAGCGGGGGAAGGCGCGGCUCACCGCCCGUUUCUCCCCGGCAGAGCUGCCGCUCUCGGAGAACGCCGCGGUGGUGAAGAACCACGGGCUCGAGGCCAGCCGCGAGAGGUGGCAGCGCCCGAAGGGCUGGGCGGACGGCCACUGGUGCUUCGUGCAGAUGGUCCAGCAGAAGGAACCUGAGAAGCUGCCACCGAUUGUGGUCAAGCAGGAGGAGCCGCUAAAGGUCAAGGAGGAGACAGUGAGCAUGAAACCUCCGACCGCGCCCUUUGAGGACGUACGUCUGCUGCGCCUGGUGGGUCAAGGCUCCUUCGGGUCCGUGUACUUCUCCCUGUGGAGCGGCGCAGCGGUGGCGGUGAAGGUCAUCAAGACGGUGGUGCCCACGGGCAAGUCGGAGGAGGUGGCAAAGACCCCACACUUCGAGGCGUUGCUGUCGGUGACCAUCUCCCAUCCCAACCUGGUGCAGACCUUCAAGCACGGGGGCCGAGUCAUCGAGAUGAACUCGGAGGAGAAGGCCGUCGCGAGUAUGCACGAGACCUGGAUUGUGCAGGAGUGGUGCGACGGCGGGACCUUGCGCGCCAAUUGCAAGAUGCCCCGCAACGAGGACGUCGCAUUUCUGGAGGCGAUGCAGAUCUGCAUCGAGAUCUCGCGGGCUGGGCAGUACCUGCAUGACAUUGGGCUCAUCCACGGGGACUUGACGGCCAACAACGUGCUGCUGAAGUCCAUGCCGGUGGCCAAGGGCUACGUCUGCAAGGUCUGCGACUUCGGACUGGCGCGAGUGCUGGGUGAGAGCAAGGAUAUUAUCACCAACACUCUGGGCACGGUCACGCACAUGCCUCCGGAGCUCUUGAGCGUAUCGGAGAAGUGCUCUUUGACCCAGAAGGCGGACGUGUACGCGCUGGGCAUCAUUGCUUAUCAAGUGAUCACAGGCCAGCAGCCCUUUGCCGGGAUGUCUCCUCCGCAGGUGGUGAUUCAGGUGGCGCGAGGCCGACGCCCUUCGCUGCCGCCCAUCCCCGCUGCCAUCGAGCAGCGGUUUACGGAGGUCUUCAAGAGCACCUUGUCGGCAAAGCCGCAAGACCGGCCGAGCUUCAACGACCUCGUGAAGUUUCUCACCGGGCUCUUGCACGACCUUGGCGGGGACGAAGGGUAUAUUGUACCCUCGGAACCCCAGCUCUACCGGCAGUCAGGAUCUGCGCCUAGCGGUUAGAAACGAGUCCUGAAAAGAGCAGAGUCUCCACCAGGGGCCAGGAACAGGGGCAGAAUCACAAC